AUGUUGUCGCUGUAUAAAUGCACAUCUUGCAAUGAGCUCAUCCAGCCUACGAAAGCGCGUCUCUCAUGUGCUUCCUGCGCGCCGCGCAUAACCCUAUGCGCCAACUGCUACGUUGUACAGAAUUAUCCUCCACAGCAUCAGGAUGAUCCCUCGCAUGCAAUCUCGCUGCACGCACAGAGCGGCUUCAUCCCUGUCCCUCCACCACCUCCACCACGAGCGCAGUCUGUCCGAAGCCCAUAUGUUCCUCCCCCGCGCCGUCCUAUAUCUAUUUCAAAUAGAGAUAGCGAUGUCCCGCCGAGGAAACCUCCACGUCCUACAAAUCCAGAACCAAGAAACGAAGAACCGGUGGAGAACACGGUGCCGGUAACGCCGAUGUCGAUGAAACCAGUACUGCAGAGCCCGCCACUAGAAAGCACUGAGCCAUCUCCUCAUCUACCAUCUCCAUAUUCAUCUACCAGCUGGACCCCGCUCUUUACCGAGGAUAUGAAACCCUCGGCUUCCUUCAUGAGAUUAAUCAAAGAGCUCUUCAGCCACCUAGACCCGCAGCGCACGGGGUAUCUCAGUCCAGAAGCCGUCUCUGAGUACAUAGACGUGUGUGGCGCACCACCUAGCCACAACGUUUGGAAAACGAGCCGCGCCAAAAACCCACAAUACGGCUACGACAUGGCCGACCACUUCACAGCAUACGGCGUCGACUUCGCCCUCCGUCGACGCACUCCACCCACAACACCCGUCAAUUCCCCUCUGGAUCCCCUGUCCUACCUCCCGCCCGCUCAGCGCUCUGCCAUGUCCGCAUUCAUGCCCGCCCAGUCCACACCCGCGAACUCCCUCUCCGGAGGACAAAAACCCAUGCUGUCAUUCCGAGGCUGGACGGACCUUACAGUCUGCAGUGUGCUUCUGAACCCGUCUGCAUCAUGCGGGCAGCUCAAUCGCGCUAUGCAGGCGUUCCAGUUGCCGGUUUGGACAGAGUGGGGCGAUAUUCCUCGGGAUAUGUUACCGCUUGCACCGUAUCAGCCGGAGGUUGAGAGGGUGAGAGUAUUGCUUGAGGGGGCGAGGCUUAAUGCGGAGCAGGAGGUUGAUGCAGUUCAUGCGAGGUUGAAGCUGGAGGCGAGGGGACAGCAGAAUGCGUUGGAUUUGUUGGAUGAUCGGGUUUGGGUUCGUUGGUAG